AGUGACAAAAUGGCUGACACAACGUUACUUCCUGUCAAAUAGAAAUAAUGUCAAGAAGAAAUAGAGUAGUUAUGGCGGAACAUGACGUUAAUUGGACGAGGCAGGAAUUCAAGAAUAUGUAUUAGAACCUUUGUGUUGAAAUAUGGGUUCUAGAAUCAGAGAGAAUCCAGAGAAAAUCUAUGAAGUUUUCAUGGAGAUUGGCAAGGCGAAUGGAGAACAUGAAGAACCCUUUUUAAUACAAAGGUAUCCUGCUGACUAUGGCGAUGAGGAAGUUCUUAAGUCUGUUCCCAAAUUUGCGUUUCCAUGCGACACUGAAAGGUACACGACGACAGUGGACCACUUCACAUUCGUGCUUACAGAGAUAAAUAGCACACUCAAGUUUGUCUUUUGUCGCCACGCAACUGGAGCCCAAACAUGUCUGUGUAUCGUCAGUUACUUCCCCUGGUUCGAGAUCUUUUACAAUCUGCUGAACCAGUUGGCAGAGAUGUUGAACCACAACUACGAAAGAGAUAUGACUUCCUUUUUGAGAGCUGCCUAUGUCCAGGAUGUCCCAGCUCCGGGGGUACCAGUUACUAUAGCAGCCAACCAGGAAAUGAUGAAUUUUACUGCACCAGAAAUAAACAAAUUACCAAGUAUACCUUCAAAUAGAAACUUAACUGAGUAUUACAAUGCCCUAGAUACUGCCAACAUGAUGAUUGUGUUUGCAAGUAUGCUGAAUGAGAGGAGAAUCGUGGUGACAUCCCGUCGCCUGUCACGCCUGACUGCCUGUAUCCAUGCCUCAGUGUCUCUACUCUACCCUAUGUUCUGGCAGCAUCUCUUCAUCCCCAUACUUCCAGCUCACCUGAUAGAUUACCUCAGUGCUCCAAUGCCAUAUGUGAUAGGGAUACACUCUACACUGAUGCAGAAAAUGAAGAUGUCGGAAAUGGGUGAUGCCAUCAUAGUGGAUGUAGACAACAAUACAAUACAGUCUGAGUACGAUGACUUAGAGGAUCUGCCCGCCGAUAUAUCCUCCUAUCUGAAGCGCCAUCUGAAGACAGAUAAAGUGAGGAUGUCCAUGCAGACAUCAGGUGACGCCAUCCCCAGAACAUUCCUUAUGGCUUUAGUCCGAUUGAUAGGUGGCUACAGAGAUGCACUGCGAUUCAAAUCUGGAGAACCUAUAACCUUUGACCCGGAAGCAUUUGUGCUCUCAAGACCUCAAUCCAUGCAGCCAUUCCUAGAGAACAUGCUUCAACUCCAAAUAUUUCAACAGUUUAUCAACGAACGUUUAGACAUGCUCAACUGCGGCCAGGGGUUCAGCGACAUAUUUGAGGCCGAGGCCCUGCAAAAUGCAGACAAGCUCAAUACUCAGUCACGUUAUAAGGAGUGGCUCUCGAAUAUGAAGAAGCAGGGUAAUAAAUUCCAAAAAGGUGGAAAAGAUAUUUGGGCUGGCAUCAAGGAAAAGGCGGCACCAGUUAUGUCUAACGCCGUACAUUCUGUCAAGUCACAGGGCAAGAGAGCUUACACAGGUAUAAAGAAUAAAAUGGCUGAUCUAAAGAAGGAGGAUGAACCUGCUAAUAUGAAGACAAAAAGUGUGAAAUCUCCGUCCACCCCAAAAAUGACUUCCCGCAAUCGCCCCUCUACUGUAAUAGGCCAGCCUCUGAAAACAAUGCGUCCUCCCCGACCUUCAGCCUUGUCGUCACCAACAGGUGACAAGCUGAUUGUGCCGUCUUCAUCACAGGACAGGAUUUCAAGAUACAAGAUGAUAAUGGUAGAAGAAAAAGUUUAUGAUGACUCUGAUGUAGAGUUAGCAUACAACAGGGUUAGUGUGAAUCUUUUGAGUGACCCAGAUAUACAGCAGGCAAUGAACAGAGCUGCCAGUGCAGAAAACAUCGUCCGUAUGUCAGGCAAAACACAUCCACUGAUUGAUCACACAGACGGGACAUCAUCUGGCCCAUCAAGUGGUAGAAACUCUCCGUCUACUGUCAGUAGCUCCUCCGCCUUUGAGUACCAGGAGUCGGAGAGUACUGUAUCUCAUUUACAGGGAAACAGAGACACGUUUGGAAGUGUACCAUUUAUUGACAUUAGCUCAGAAGAUGAAUAUGUUGGCUUGUCCAAUCCAAGUGAUCAAUAUGUGCGACUAGCUUCAUCAUCUGGAGAUGUUUCCUCUUCAAGAUCAGGUCAAAAUGACCAAAAUCGACCAAUUCCUCCACCACGGAGGUCCAGGAGUCCUAUUUCAAUGGCAAUGGCCGACAGAUUGAUAAGUGAUAGACCAAAGGCUGGCAGCCCCCCACCUCCAGCCCCUCAUUUACCUCAUGCUGUUCCCAAACCUGUACCUCGACAGAGCAUAAAGCGUAAAAGUGAAGGAUUUCAACAACAGAAACAGCUGGCUAUGGAUUCAUUGAUGCAAUUUCAGAAUUUGGAAUUAGAAGAUAGUUUUGAUCCAUUUAAAUCCCCAUCAUCACAGACAAUAUCUCAGAUAGACAAGCUCAGAGACCUAGCUUCACCAACUGAUGAUCUCAAUAGCAGUGUGACAAGGACGCCAGCCUUCAGAAUGCCUGCUACUGGUGUCCCUAAGAGACUAAGUAUGAAAAGAGAUAAGUCAUUGUCCCCAGAGAAAGACAGUAAUACUGGGGAGAGUUUGUUGGACUUUGACCCCCUGACUACUCAGGGUCAGUCCACUGUAGCCCAGAACCCUGGGUCACAGGGAAAUCCAACAUCUCCAGAACUUCUGCAGGAUUGGAACAUUGACAAUCUACAGACUAAGACUCAUGACCUGGGUCCAUUGCCUAAGCCAGGCUUUGUACAACGGACAGCUGCAGAGUUUGCUCUGUGUUCUAAUGCUCAGAAUAAUAUAGGUGUGUCAUAUGGCAAGCGCCCCUCCCCCACAGUCCCUCCCCGCUCAGCCUCAGCCCUAACUGACCACCACUCAUCCUCUAGUCCAUUCUCAUCCCCUAAUCCAUACAAUCCUCUCCGCACCACAAGUUACAGACCUGUUACAUCAUCGCCCGAUAUACUUCAGUCUGGAGUCUCAAGGUCAAACAGAAUGGGAAAUGCUGACCCCUUUGCUGAUUUAUUAGGACUACAGUUAGGGCCUUCCAGCCAACCACCUCCAACUAAGGUGGAUGUAGCUUCCCCAGCACCCCCAGUUAAUAGGUGGGAAACAUUUGAAUAAGAAACAGUGAUAUGUAUAUGUGUUGUUGUGUACUAUUUGUUUUUAAUUGUUAAGAGUAUAGACCUCUAGGGUGUUCAAAGCUCUACUUAUCAGUGUACCUCUGAUCAAAGAUAAAUCUGUGUACCAUUUUAAAUCACAAUGUAUCUCCCUGGUUACUGGUUAAGUCUGUACACCUUUCUAACUGGCAGUGUAUAACCCUGGUUCCUGGUUGAGUCUGUACAUCAUUUUUACUGGCAGUGUAUCACCCCGGGUCCUAGUUAAGUUUGUACACCAUUUUAGCUGGCAGUGUUUCACCCUGUGACCCUAUUUUAUUGUAUAACACUAGCGGUUCAUUCCUGCCUCUCUGGCUCAUAGGAUGUCUGCUAUGGUAGAUGGGAUCCAAUCAUAAACAAAUAUCACAGCAUAAUUAGUUCAUUAUAAGAAAUCAAAGUUGAAAAGGAAAGUACCAGUUUUCUGAAAUAAACAAUAUUGGUGACUUUACCAGGAUAACCUGCUUAUAGGUAGAAUACUCAUUUAGCGUAAUCUGUCUCGAACUAACCACUGUAACCAUUGUAGACUACCAAAGAUAUGGUCAGAUUUGCUGCUCAAAGGAGUAAGCAAUCUGGACUGUCUCAGAAUAUUAUGUUCAUGAAAGUAUCAUCUACUUUACUAAUGUAUUGAAGGUGUCAUAUAUUUUUCACAGCGUUUAAGAUUCUUAAGCUUCCAUGGUGAUGUCAUGAGAAAUCAGAAAUGUUUAUCAAUGAAGAAUUAAGAUACUGGUCUGAUAACUUGUGCCUUCCAUACCAUUUAGUAAUGUUAAUAUUUAAUAAACAAAUGAAAAAUUUUUACAAAACCAAAUCUACCAAUUAUCUUGGCCUUAUUUGUUUAUAUGAGCACAGCAGUGUAAGGGAGAAAGAGGCCAGUGUAUAACCAGAAAUUUCUAUAAAAUUAAAAAGCUAUGUUUGUCAAGCUUACAAUCUUUACCCUACUAUAGUCCUAUGCUUGACCUUGUCCUAUGAAUUACUAUUAGGUACUAUAUAAUGAAGGAUAACAAGGGAAGUAAUUAACUUCUAUCUGUUAGGGAGACUACUCUAAUCUUAAACAGCAGUAGAACCCAUCAUGAUCACAGCAGUUACAGUUUGAUUUGCACAUAACACAGUUGACGGCCGACAUUUGCUGGUUACCAGUUUUCACUGACUCCAGCAUUUGCUUUGCACAAACAGACCAGACAAAUAGCCAGUUUUACGAAAUCGCUUUUGAAAGACAGGCUACCUGGCUAACAAAUUAUGUCAGCAUAAGGUUUAAAAAUAUACUGUUUUGCUUUAUACGGUCAUCGCCUAGUAUUUGCCUGUCUGCAAAUCAAACUUGCCCUCUGAUCCAUAAUGACAGUUGAGUACCAUUUACAUUAUAUAAUAAUGGACACAAAAUAUUAUCUGUGGUCCAAUAUACAUUUAACUUAUCAGUAUGAUGAUGGAUGGAAGCUAGUGAUAGUAGAUUAAUCUAUAAUCCCAGUAAAUCUGUACAAUUUUAACAAAUUAUCAGGAUAUUUUUUUUCACAAGUCUACAUUGCCGAUUCAUUUAUCGAAACUCUCCUUGAUUAAUGUAUUUUAUAAUUAGCAAGUAACAUUUAAUGUCUUAUCAUGCAUCUAUCUUAAAACAAUUGAAUUACAUUCUAUUGAUUAGGCACAAGUCAUAUGUAUUGAUGUUCAUAUUUAAUUAUUGAAGCAGUGUACACUGAAAAGUCAUGAUGCAUCGUAGAUUUGGUUGAUCCCUCUUAUUGGGUCUUAUAACAUCCUAUUACCAGUAAGACUCAUCAGACGACAUUGCAUUUCUGCUAUUGAUCCUGAUGAUUACAGCAGUCUGAUAUUAAUGUAUCAUAAUUUAUAGAAUCAAGCUCCCAUCACUUAACUGGCACCGAUAGAAAUAAUUUCCUGUGUCAUAUCUGAGAAAUGUUUUCCUGUGUUUUUUAUCUGUCCUGUAUGCUUGCCAUAUCGCUAUUGCUUGUUAAGUCUUUCAUUGCUUGAAUCAUCUAAAAGCACUUGUAGCAGCUUCCCCUCGUUCUGACAUAAGUGUUAACAUGUAUUUAUUUACUAUUGGAUUAGUUUGAUGUGAGUGAAGCAAGUGUUGUUAUUGAGAAGAGUUACACAUAGGUGACUUUACUUUGUUACAUUGAAUAAUUUGUAUUUAUAGCUUAGGUAAAUGGCAAUGCAAAGUUGGACUUCUAUUUAUAUUUUUUCAUAAAAGCAAUAUCUGUGUUUCCUGUUGUACUUUGAAGCAGCGACAGGUGAUGCCUUUCCUACCAAUACACAUUUUAUUGAGAUUUGUUACCACAUUAACUCAAGUGUUCUGUGUGGAUAGCUAUUGUUCAAUGCAGUCAUUGAUUAUUAUAUAAUUUAUAUAUACAAAGACAUGUCCAUAUUACAUUUGCAAUGUUAUUAAGAUAAUGUAGAUUUCUUAACUCAACCUUGCUUGGGUCACUGUUGGGUAGUCGCUGGUACAAAAAGUAUCUUUAGUUAUUUUUCCGAGGUUUACUUUAUAAAUGUACCAUCACUUGAAAAUACAGUAAAUAUGCCACCUAUUUCGUUGAACUAAAAAAAUUUUGAUAUUUUUAUUGAGAUUUUCAGCCCGUCAUUUAGAUAGCAUAUAGGUUAGAAUGAGGAGAAUAUCAUGUAAUACUGCCAACACAAUUCAACAACACAGAAAUUGUUAAAGACAUUGCUAAAUGGAAACAAUUGUUACUACUUUAUAUUAUACAGAUGUUUUGUUGAAAAAAAUGUUUUGUAUUACUGUGUAUUGAUGUUACUUACUGUUGUAUAAGUGUCACUUAUAACGAAAUGGAACUGGCGCAUGACAGAAACUGAAAUAUGGUUAUUAAAAAUGAAAUAUGAAUUAUGAAAA